AUGGCUCUCCUCGCACCUUACCACGAUGGAAUGACCCUUGACGCUGUCAGGUUUCAACUCCUUCACGCAGGAGCUAUGUCUCGCAGGAGUGGUCGUGCGAGAACCAUGAUAGGCUUCCAAGAGGGUGGUGAAUUCACAGCCAUCAUCUCCAUACGUGCCAAGGAUCGGUCUCAGGCGAACACACUCAAAAUAGAUGCCUCUGUAAGCCUAACUCUUGAGAAGGCAAGUGGAAGUCUCGAUGUUGCUGUCGACAAGAUCAAGCGCGACAUCUUGAUGGAGAAUGAGACCACCAUUUCCGUCACUUGGACCGGAAGUGGACAAGAUCUCAAGAAGGAUGAGGAGGACUGGACUUUCGAUACCAUGAGGGCUGUGGCUUUAAAGUUCCCUGACAGGGUUGCAAAGUGCCCCAUGAGAACUCACGCUGUGUUGACAAAUUAUAGCUCCCUCAAGAGCUUCCACAGCUCCAGCACUCACUUCAACCUGCUGUCCGAUGAGAACACACGUGUUUACACGUCUGCACUCCGAGACGCGUUUUUGGACUACCAGAACAUCGCUAAGGGACUUGCUGUUCUUGCACUUGAUGUGAAUGCAGGUACUCAACGACUUGUUACCCAGAAGGAGAAAUUGGACAAAGACUUUGCACAGAAGACUCUGAAGGCCUCGACACCUAGUUUGCUAGAGAAUGUUAUGAGUGAGACCCAGAUGGACUCUCUUGAGAAGAAAUUGGAAGCGAAGUCCAAUAAGCUCUCCAAAGAGAGCGAUACACCAGCCAAGACACCACCGGUAACAACUUCGGACGCUGCCUCAGAGGAAGCUGAGGAUGCUAGCGAUGACCAAGGUGACGAAUCGAAAAGCAUCGUGAAUCCAAGCAUCGCACCGACCACCAAUCCUCUGGUUAUCGACAAGCCGUACCCUCCCACCAUGUGCGGUGUUGAGUCAGCCAGGAGGCAGUGCCGUUUCAUGAUGAACAGAAUUGUGGCCGAAGUCGAUAAGGUUGCCAAUCACCCGGAGAUUGCGACUGAUGAGUCUCGACCUUUGCCUUACAUGAGUUCGUUCCUUUUCAAUAUGCUCCUGCCGGUUGGUGUUCCGACAAGUCCGUGA